CGAGCACCUCAUCAUUGACCUCUACAGAGCCUGGAUUUCGCGUGCUAAAUCAAUAUCUGUAUCCGGGGAGGGUCGAAUCCUACAAACACUCAUGUAACCCCGCGCUCCUCCCCUUGGAGCUAACCUUGGGUGAUCCGGGUUGAUUCGGGGCAGACCGCUCGGCACGGACGGUCCGGACAUCUCGGUGUUAUUUCACUUCCAAGUCUCUCUGUCUCAAGAUGGCGACGUUCGCCAACUCAUACUACAAACGAGUCCAUCUCUCGGAUCCCGGGUUUGCGAACCCGUUGAAGAGCCCCGAUGCCACACCGAAGCCAGAAGUCAGCCAAGAGGAUGUCGGGAAGGCUAUAGCGGACUGGGAAGAUCGACAGAAACGGAAAGCAGCCAAGGAGAAGGAGGAGAAAGAGAAGAACCAGGAGAAGGAUAAGGACAAGGGGAAGGAGGGCGAUAACAAUGAGAAGGACAAAGGCAAAGCUAAAGGCGACGAUUCUAAAUCUCCGACCCCCGCGCUCCCUGGUUCAUUCACCCCGAAGCCCGCAACGCAAGGGCCCACGCACGAGAAGUUUGUGUUGCACAGAGACAUAUUUUCCAUCAGGACUGGAGAGCACCGCAAACGAAGGCAGACCGCUCAGGCCAAGGAUCUUGCCCCCCGCUUACCAGCCGCGGCAAAAUCAAUGCAUAAAAAUUCGUUCGUUCAACAACCUGCGUACCCUCCACCGCUGCCUCCAGGACCACCUCCGCCUCAGCCUGUCCAAGGUCAACCGGACUACAACUCAUACUGGAACGCGUCUCAGCAGCAACAAGCGCCCGCGCCAUCCAUCGGUACCUUCAAUCAGCAAUGGACUGCUGCCCAGCCAGCGCGACCUCCAGCUGAGCAGAGCGCUCUGUACGCCAACUACGGUUACGGGAACCAGGGAAAUCACUGGCGCCAGCAACCACCGCCGCAGCAGCAGCAUUAUGUUCCAGCUCAACCGCCCCCGCCGCAACCAGGAUACAAUCCAUAUCAGCCUACCGCCGGCUACGCCCAGCCUUAUGUGCCUCAAGUACCCGUCCCAUACGUACAACCGCCGCCGCAGACGCCCCAGCAACUCCAGCAGUUCUUCCCGCACCCCGCGCCGCAUAUGGGCCAGAUGCAAAACAUGAUGCUCCAGCAGCAGCAGCAACAACAGCAGCAGCAGCAGCAGCAGCAACAGCAACAGCAACAGCAACAGCGGCAUCUUCACCAUACGCCGCCCCAGCACAUGCCGCCGGCGAAGCGGCAGCGAUUCGAUGGCCCGAUGCACAACCGGCCGCCACCCGUCCAGCCACAGUUUCAAGCGGCUCCAGUGGUGGGAGCAAUGCAGCCCGGUCAAUUUGCUGGUCGAGGUGGCGGCGCCAUUGGGAAUCACGUCCCGAUGGGUAUGCGAGGUGGAGGACCCGGAAUCGUUCGAGGAGGUGGUGGAGGCACAGGGCCGAUGGGUCGCGGAAGAGGCAAUGGGGUGAUGAGUGGUGGGAAUCGGGGAGGCAUGCCUGGCAGGGGUGGAAAUCGAGGUGGUGGAAGCUUCGGUGGGAACAAUCAAGGUCGAGGCGGCGUCAAUUCGGGCGGGCCGCUCAGGGGACAUGGCGGCUCUCGGGGUGAUUUUGGCGGCAACAAAGACUUCCAUAACCGCAGAGGUGGUUCCUUCGCGUCGGGUGGCGGCUCGUUCCAAAGCAACUUGGGUUCCUUCCGGGGUCGCGGCCACGGCAACCUAAAUCGGGGACGGAACAAUGGCACCUCCUUUGGAACGCGGGACGGAUCGAAUACGAGUUUUAACUCUGGUAAGAAGGACGAGAACCGUCGCACGCUCACGGACUUUAAGAUCGUCGGACUCGAAAUACGUGAGCUGGACUGGUCCUGGGGUGUGGUCCCACCAGGAGAUCCCCCAGAGAAGACUGCGGCGGCUGAGGAUGCUUCUGAUCCUCCUGUUGUCAAAACAGAGUCUGAGCCCGUAGACGAUGUCGUCGAGGCCGUGCCAAUGGCAGAUGGGACAGACUCGAAACCUCUUUCUUCAGAUGCUCUGACCGCGAAAGCGUCAGCAUCGGACCUGGGUCCACCGCCCUCGCGAAUGCGCAUUUACUUUCACACUCCGGUCACUGCAGUGGAUUCACAUCCCAUUCGGGACGGGGGGUCUUUUUCUAUGGGCACUUCUCCCUCAGACUCCCGGAAGGGGAAGAGAAAGAAGAUAGAGUCUGACGAUGGAGACUUUGAAGAGGGCCGAGCCCCUCCUCCCCCUCCUGGUUUGAAUGAUGAUCGGGGCAGUGUAGCGCCCAGUGUUGCAGAGACAUCGAGCGAGGGCGACUGGCUGAUGGCUGCUAUCGUCGAUGGUGAAAGUGAAUCGCAUGUGCAGGACGAAGAGCACGAAGACAAUGCAGACGCUGAGCAUCAGGUUGUGUCAGAGCAUCAUGAUGAUGUUCAGCCUCCCGAUGUUCAGCCUGGCGAUGAUCCUCAUGACGAUGUUUCCUCUCAUGGCAAUGUCCAGCAGGAGAAUCCCCAUGAGUCAAGGACGGAGAACACGGCCGAGAAGCAGAUCGAUGGCUCUUUGGCCACCGAAUCGCAACUUGAAAGCAGCGAUGUUCCUGUGGAUCAUGCGCCUGCUUCACCUGCCACCGGCUUUUCUGCUCCUCUCUCUGAGCCGCCGUCUGCUGUGGAUAUUCUGUUUGACUCUGCUCCUUCCUCUGUCCAAGACCAUGUCAUGUCGUCGCCCAAGGCGCUUGAGCAUACGAAAGAACUGCGCUCGGCUACUCCCAUUUCCCCAGAAAAGCCACCUGACGAGCUUCUCUCUGCCUCUGCAACUUUGCUCAAUAUUGAUGAUCAGCUAUCUGAUGGGCAGGAUAUUCGUGGAGAGGCCACAAUUCUGAUGGGUGAUCCUACACUGGAGGACGAGUUCCAGGAUUACGAUGGCACACAUGUUGAUGAGCCUCCGCCUUCAGUGGCUGAUUCGACGACAUCGUUUGCAGAGGCAGUGAAGCCAGAAGUCAAGGACAACAAAGUUCCUGCUGCUAAUCGUUUGUCCAUCUCUUACGAGGGCGGGAACUAUCGCCUUGUUUUCGAUGCUGCUAUCAUUGAGUCCAUGACUUUGUAUCGUCGAGAAGCUCGAGCGGAAGUCCAUAUCAAUUUGACUGACGAGGAGUCCGGCCUCAAGGGCGUCUUGAUGGAAAGUCUUUCUGAGGCCACCAAGUCGUACAACCCGACUGAUCCGACCGCUGGCUCUGCUCACUUUCCGCCGUUCUUGCAAAUAACCAGACCUCAAACUAUCACAUUAUUCGUUUAUCUUGACACCAACCGUCCCUUGUCAGAGCCCAAAUGGGCCAGGACGGGUGAUAUACCUGAAUGGCUGAAGAGUCUCUUCGGCCGAAUGUUCUGGUUUGCGGGUGAUUCGACUGAGAGCUGGGAGAAGAAAAUCAUCGUCUCCGAUCCUGACCCACCCCCCACUCUCGCAACAGUCCUCGAAGCAUGGUCCAACGCAUCUGGCGCCGGCUCAUUGACUGAACGUCAACGCUUCUUGAAGACACAUCUUUCCAAAAUCGACAAUGUUGUCGAGAUCUUGCUUCGCCUUAUCCGCAACAAUCAAGGUCCCUAUUCUCAGCAUGCGCCGUUCGCUGCUCCGCUGCUGGCCGCUAUCUCGCCGGAAUCGGUCCAUGGCUCUCAUCAGAUACCGAUUUCACUGGCGGUUCUGGCGAUCUUCCGCAUCUCGAUGGAAUAUGCAAUCAAGGCAGACGGAGACAAAGGCAAGGCAGAUGUCGAAGAACGGUUCAGGAAUACCUACGACUCCGACAAUACCGUGUUCUCCCCCCAAGGCCGAUUGCAUCAAGUGGAAUAUGCACUGGAAGCCGUGAAGCAGGGUUCCGCCGCUGUUGGUCUGCGAUCCAAGACGCACUCGAUUUUGCUGGCACUCAAGCGUUCGUCUGGGGAGCUCGCGUCCUACCAACAGAAGAUGUUCCGGAUAGAUGAUCAUGUCGGGAUUGCGAUUGCUGGACUUACCUCGGAUGCGCGUGUGUUGAGCAACUUCAUGCGGCAGCAAGCUAUGUCCUCGAAAAUGGUCUUCAACCGACCGGUGCCUGUAAACAGACUCGUUGCCUCCAUUGCCGAUAAGGCGCAGGUCAACACGCAGGAAUACGGAAGACGACCGUACGGUGUGGGUUUCUUAGUUAUUGGCCAGGACCAGUCCGGGCCACACCUCUAUGAGUUCUCGCCAUCGGGAAACUCCUACGAGUACUACGCCAUGUCCAUCGGUGCGCGAAGCCAGAGUGCUAAGACAUAUCUCGAAAAGCACUUCAAAGAGUUCGAAGAUUGCACAUUGGAGCAACUGAUCCGACACGGCCUGCACGCUCUACGCGAAACGCUGCAGCAAGAUAAAGAACUGAAUGUCAACAACACCUCCAUCGGAAUCGUUGGUCCUGGAGGCGCUCACGAGAAAAGCGUGACACCAGCAGGGCCUUUCCGGAUCGUUGAAGGUGACGAUGUGGAAGUUUACUUGCAGAGCAUGGUACCGAAGGAGACGCCAACCGAUGCUGGGCCUGCGCCUGCCGCGACUGCAUCUGCCGACGAGGAUGUCCAGAUGGAGGGGUAGUUUGAUUAUACGCGGGGAAUACAAA